CCCCCAAAAUUUAUUUUUUAUUUUCAAUAAUAUAAAUAAUAGUCGUAAAGUAAAAAAGGGAAUCAGUUCGUUUGGCUUCGCCUGCUUUUACCCCUCCUGCCUUAAACCAUACAUAAACCCCUUUCUAUUUCUUCAAAGAGAAAUUUUGAAUUUUCUUUUUCUUUUAGAGGUAGAGAACAGAGAGAUGAGGAUUCAGUGCAACGUAUGCGAGGCGGCGGAGGCCAAGGUGCUGUGCUGCGCGGAUGAGGCGGCGCUGUGUUGGGCGUGCGACGAGAAAAUCCAUGCUGCCAAUAAGUUGGCUAGCAAGCACCAGCGUGUCCCGCUAUCUUCGUCUUCUUCACAGAUGCCUAAAUGUGACAUUUGUCAGGAAGCAUCUGGGUUUUUCUUUUGUUUGCAAGAUCGAGCUUUACUCUGUCGAAAGUGCGAUGUUGCUAUACAUACAGCAAAUCCUUACGUGUCUAGUCAUCAGAGAUUUCUUCUUACUGGAGUAAAAGUUGGUCUUGAAACAACUGACCCUGGUGCAUCUUCUUCCGAUGUCAAAUCUCCUUCUAGUGAAAAGACUUCAGAAACUAAAACUAAUUCUACAUCUAGAAGGGCGGCUCCUAUGGCAUUCACUGGUGGAUAUAAUGAGGUUCUACCAUCAAAUCUUGGAGAUGUGAACAAUGAGCUGACGAAAGUAACAUACGCUGGAGGUUCUACAGCUGGAAGCAUUCAGUCAUGGCAAAUGGAUGAUAUAUUUGGGUUAACUGACUUUAAUCAAAGCUAUGGUUACAUGGAUGAUGGGUCAUCUAAGGCUGAUAGUGGCAAGCGUGGAGAUUCUGACAGCUCAUCAAUCUUGAGAUCUGCUGAUGACGAGGUAGAUGAUGAUGAGCGCUUGGGUCAGGUGCCAGACUCCUCAUGGGCUGUACCACAACUGCCUUCACCUCCAACAGCCUCAGGGCUGUAUUGGCCAAACGAUUCUCGCGAUCAAUGUGAUAGUGUGGUUUUUGUUCCUGACAUAUGCUGCUCAGUUAUGAAAAACCCCUUCAAUUCAUGGCGUAGUGGCUCCAACCGAAAACGCCGGCGACACAUUUAGAAUCAUCCGCUGAAGUUUAAAAUGCACAAGUUUUUCGGAUCCACCUUCUCAGGAGUGCUUUUAGCCUAUUAUAUUAAGUAGGUCACCAUCUUUCCAAGUACUGGCUUGAGCUACUUGCUUCCAGUUUAGGCUAAGCCACUUUUCCUCUUAUGUAGAAUCAUUUUCAUUCUGCAGUUAAUAUUUUGGUUGAUAACGUAAAAACCAGAAUAAAAAAGGUCACCAGAUGAAAAAAGCUUGUUUAUGGAAGGAGUUAGUGUCGUUUCUAUUAACAGCUUGUAUUUCUUCAUGAUUCACAGUGUACCCUGAUCAACAUAUUUAUCUGUCUUCUAGACUUCGAAACAGCUAGUGGUUUGAUUUUCCAUUAUUUUCUGUGAUCUUGGCCACAAUCAGUUCAUAUUUGUAUCAAUGUGAUGUUUUCAAGGGAAAAA